AUGGAUGAGAAUGGCACUUCCAAUGAACCCAACAACAAAUGGAAACUACCUCUCUUCGUUUUCUUCAAAGAUGCAAGACUUGUUUUCAAGCUGGAUGCUCUUUCUAGAGAGAUAUUAGGAAUUGCAUUUCCCUCUGCACUUGCUGUUGCUGCUGAUCCCAUUGCUUCUCUCAUAGACACUGCAUUCAUAGGCCACUUGGGACCGGUGGAACUUGCUGCUGCAGGAGUUUCCAUUGCUCUGUUCAACCAAGCUUCAAGAAUUUUCAUAUUCCCUCUUGUCAGUAUUACAACUUCUUUUGUCGCUGAGGAAGAUACUAUUGAAAAGCUGAAUAUUGAAGCAGCAGAAAACAAGUUUUCCGACAAGGAUAAGGCUAAGUUCAGUGAAGCAAUGCACGAGGAUCAUAAGCUUCAAGACAUUGAAAAAGGUACAACCAAAGAGAACAUUGAGGCUCCAGAAGAAUCUAUGAAGGGAAGUGAUGAAACAAACGAUCCUGCAGUGAAAAGUUUAGCACCUGAGGAUGUGGAAAAACAUGCUAAUGGGAAUAAUGACACAAAUAAUGGAGAUGAUGCCAAUACAAAUAUAUGCAAAACUUCCUCAGUUAUUAGUAGUAAUAAGGUUAAGGAUAAAGUUGGAAAGAAGAAGCGACACAUUGCUUCUGCAUCAACAGCACUACUUUUUGGCAUAAUCCUUGGUCUCCUUCAAGCUACAAUCCUUAUAUUUGCAGCCAAACCUCUAUUAUGGGUGAUGGGUGUAAAACAUGAUUCUCCUAUGCUACAACCAGCAGAGAAGUACUUAAGAUUGAGAUCGUUUGGUGCUCCAGCAGUUCUUCUCUCCUUGGCCAUGCAAGGAAUCUUUCGAGGAUUCAAGGACACAACAACUCCUUUAUAUGUCAUCGUUUCGGGAUAUGCAUUGAAUGUCGCGUUGGACCCAAUACUUAUUUUCUCGUUGAAAAUGGGAAUCAAGGGUGCAGCCAUUUCACAUGUUCUCUCCCAGUACGUGAUGGCAUUAGUCCUCUUGUUGAUAUUAAUGAAAAAAGUGUCUCUCGUACCUCCAACCAUAAAGGAUUUGCAGAUUUUCCGGUUUCUUAAAAAUGGAGGUCUUUUGAUGGCAAGGGUAGUUGCAGUGACAUUUUGUGUGACCUUGGCAGCAUCAUUGGCAGCAAGGUUAGGUUCAAUUCCUAUGGCUGCAUUUCAAACAUGCUUACAAGUCUGGUUGACAUCUUCCCUUCUUGCUGAUGGUUUGGCUGUUGCUGUACAGGCAAUUCUUGCUUGUUCCUUUGCUGAGAAAGACUAUAAGAAGACAACAGCUGCUGCAACAAGGACAUUGCAAAUGAGUUUUGUUUUAGGAGUGGGGCUCUCUCUUGCUGUUGGAGUUGGAUUGUACUUUGGAGCUGGAAUAUUCUCCAAAAAUGUUGAUGUUGUGCAUUUAAUCAAACUAGGCAUCCCGUUUGUUGCUGCUACUCAACCACUCAAUUCAUUAGCAUUCGUCUUCGAUGGUGUGAACUAUGGGGCAUCUGAUUUUGCAUAUGCUGCAUACUCUUUGGUCAUUGUGUCAGUAGUAAGUGUUGCUAUAGAAUUUAUCCUCUACAGGAGCAAACACUUCGUUGGGAUCUGGAUUGCACUAUCCAUCUAUAUGUCUCUUCGCAUGUUGGCUGGUAUAUGGAGGAUGGGAACAGGAACAGGACCUUGGCGCUAUCUCCGUGGCCAGUCAUUGUCUUAG